AUGAACUAUCCCGACCCACCGCAGGGAGUCUACCCCUCAACCUCCAUGGAUAUGGGAAUCUCGCCAGAAUCAUAUGGCACAUACCCGCGUCCUGUACAUGACACAUACCCGACCUCGAUGGCAUACGAGGCGAACGCUCUCUACGCAGACGGCCCGUACAUGUACCCCGACGACGAGAUGCGCGUCCCCUCCUCAAACCUCUCCAGCGCCUCUGCAUCCUCAUCCAACAUGGGCUCGCCGCUCUCCAACCAUGGCCAGUUGGCGCCUAUGCCUGACUGGGCAGCACCACAGGGCCUCAGCAGCAGCCCGGGCAUCGUCGACCAGAACGACUACUUCGCCGGGACCGAGUACUCGUUCGCUCCCUGUAUAGAUGGGUUCAACGCUCACUUCGAUUUCGCACAAGCCAAGGGGCCUGGAUUUGUUGAUCCUUCGUUGAUCCACCCCGAGAUCAAUCAGCCGAUGACCAUGCCUGGUUACGAAAACAGCUUCCACCCUCGGAAUCAACCGUAUCCCGCGUCACCAGCUCUCUCUCCGUCACCGCAACUCCGGACGGGCAGCACAUCGCCCUUCAUGAAUAAUGGUAAUUACCCGCAGUUCGGACACAGCCCCUUCGCAGCCCCAGUCGACCCUCAAAGACGGCAAAGCCACGUUUCGUACCAGUCCAACUUCUCGGGCGAGCAGACGUACAGUGGAGACGAGUCCAAGGAGAAGCAAAGGUGUCCACAUCCCGACUGUGGGAAGACCUUCAAGGACCUGAAAGCCCACAUGUUGACACACCAAACGGAACGGCCCGAGAAAUGCCCCAUCCAGACUUGCGAUUACCACAUCAAGGGUUUCGCACGGAAGUAUGACAAGAACCGCCAUACUCUGACGCACUACAAGGGCACAAUGGUGUGUGGCUUCUGCCCCGGCUCCGGCUCGGCGGCCGAGAAGUCGUUCAACAGGGCGGACGUGUUCAAGAGGCACCUGACUGCAGUGCAUGGGGUCGAGCAGACCCCGCCCAACAGCCGGAAGAAGACGCCGGGCGCCAACAACGGCAAGAAGCUGACCGGUUACGCCCCCGACGCUACCGGCAAGUGCAGCACCUGCGCGGCAACCUUCUCCAAUGCUCAGGACUUCUACGAGCACUUGGAUGACUGUGUCCUGCGCAUCGUGCAGCAGGAGGAUCCCGCCGAGGCCAUCAACGCCAAGCGCCUGGCCGAGGUCGAGAACGAUCGGGAGGUCCAUGACACACUGGAGAAGAACCAGCUCCCGGCCACGACUUUGGCCCCGAAUGUCGAAGAGGACGACGAUGAUAUGGCCGAGGAGGACGAUGCUGGCGACGAGGACUUCAAACCCGAGCGGGGUGGUAUCAAGACCUCGGCCACCUCGCCCACCAAGAAAGCCAAGGGCAAUCCGCCCAACGGCGUGCAGAAGUCGCGGGGUCUCACUCAUUCGCGUGGCGGCGUCCCGCUUUCUGGGAAGGCUCGCGGCCGCAAGAACAGGCGUGACUAUCCGUCAUCAUGGGGCUUCGACAAGGGCCAGAUGACGAUGAAGAAGCGUGUCAUGGCUGUCUUUGACGGCGCGCGCCGCCUUGCCAAGGAUGAUAUGAUGUUGUCGACCGACCACGAGGUCCGCGUUCCCCUCUCGGAUGGCAAGUCGUACGUGACCGACCUCGAUGUGCAGACCCUCAAGCGCGCCGAGGGCUUCCUCGGAGCUACCGAUGAGGAGAAAGGACCGUGGAUCUCGGAUGACCCCUCGGAGGAAGAGUUGAAGAAGAUGCUCGAGUGCAGCACCGGCGAGAUUGCUAUUGCCCAGCAAUAG